AAAGCCCAAACUAACUAAGAAGAAACAAAUAGAGAGAGAGAGUUUAACGAACUAGGCUUUUACACGCACAAAAUUCCAUUUGGGUUUCUUUCUUUGUUUCUCCCAAACCUCAAAACCCUUUCUUUCUUCUCUACACCUUCUCUCUCUACCACCAUGGAAGACGACGACGAGUUCGGAGAUCUCUACACCGAUGUUCUUCAGCCCUUUGCUUCCUCGUCGUCUUCCUCUGUUCAGCAGCCUCACCACCCUUCCGUUGAGCCGCCUCAACCUUUUCGCCCUCCGAUCGAUCUCAAUCUCAAUCUCAAGAGCGAUGUCGAAGACACUAUGCUUCGAGCUCCCAGCCUCAAUUCCGUCCUACCCGUUAAUGAGACGGACGAAACCCUAGUUCCAGGUCCUCCUCCCGCCGUCUCGGUUGAUUCUGUUACUAAUAAUUCGAUCAUUCCCGGUGAGGUGGUGGUUGUGGAUGAUGCAGUGGCUCGGACGAGGGUUUCUUUGUCCGGGGAUUUGAAAUUGCGUGAUGGGGUUGUGGAGGAUUCAAAUUCGAAUUUGAACUUGAACUAUGGUGUUGGUGAGUCUGGGAACGAUGUUGUUAUGAAGCAAUCGUGUGGUGAAGUUGAGAAUUUGAUGGAGAAAGAUGUAACUUUUGAUAUUGAAGAAGGUAAUAUGGGGAUGGAAGAUGUUGGUUCGGAACCGAUGAUUCCAGGUCUCGAGAGUAGCGUACCUAUUGGUGGGACGAUGGGGGAUGUUGAUAACGUGGAUGCUUCAAUGGGAGUUAGAAGUUUGGGUGGUGAUGGAGUUGAUGAAGAUGAUGCCGCUGGCGGUGAUGGUGAUGAUUGGGAUAGUGAUAGUGAGGACGAUUUGCAAAUAGUCCUUAAUGAUAACAAUCAUGGACCUUUGGCUAUGGAGAGAGGUGGAAUGGGAGGUGGCGACGACGAUGAAGAUGAAGACGGGCUCGUUAUUGUGACUAAUGACGAUCCUAAUCAAGUGAUGGAAGAACAAGAAUGGGGAGAGGAUUCUGCGCAGGUGGCGGAUGGCGAGAGGAAGGAGGUGGGUGAAGCUGGGAAAGUUGGUGCCGGCAUUGUGGCGCCACAGAAGAUUGGUUAUAACACUCAUGGUUAUCAUCCAUUUCAUUCUCAGUUUAAGUAUGUGAGACCUGGCGCAGCACCAAUACCUGGAGCAACUACUUCUGGUCCUGGAGGAGUGCCAGGUCAAGUUCGUCCUCCUAUCAGUAUGGGUCCUAUGCCUGGUCGGGGAAGAGGUGAUUGGCGACCAAUGGGAUUGAAAACUGGUACUCCUAUGCAGAAAAAUUUUCAUUCUGGGUUUGGAGGGCCAAAUUGGGGUGGCAAUACGGCAGGAAGAGGAUUUAGUGGUGGUGGAGGACUAGAAUUCACGCUUCCUUCACACAAGACUAUAUUUGAGGUUGACAUCGAUAGUUUUGAGGAGAAGCCAUGGAAAUAUCCCAGUGUUGAUAUAUCUGACUUUUUCAACUUCGGCUUAAAUGAGGAUACCUGGAAAGAUUAUUGCAAACAGCUGGAGCAACUCCGCUUGGAGUCUACAAUGCAAAGCAAAAUUCGUGUUUAUGAAAGUGGGCGUGCAGAGCAGGAGUAUGAUCCUGAUCUGCCUCCAGAAUUAGCAGCUGCAGCAGGUAUUCAUGAAGUUCCUUCUUCUGAUAAUGCAAGUUCGGGAAAGUUAGGGCAAGGUGAUUUACCAAAAGGGUCUGCUCGUGUACGUCCACCAUUACCAACUGGUAGGGCAAUACAGGUGGAAAAUGGUUAUGGGGAGCGUCUUCCCUCUAUUGAUACUCGACCAGCCCGAAACCGUGAUUCAGAUGCAAUCAUUGAGAUUGUCUUGCAGGGCUCUUUAGAUGAUGAUGUCUCUGCUGGAAAUGAUAUCCCAAACAGAUCCGACAAUGAUACAAGCAAAGAGGAUUUUGGAGGUGUAGCUGACACCGCACCAGUGAACCCUGAGUGUAGUGACAAUUUUCCCCAGACUUACAAUGAUCGAAAGAGAGAGCCUGUUGAACCAAGGAUGCCACAACUGGGUUCUGUUUCUGAUGAUAUACCUGAUAGAAAUGGAGUUUUACCCUUCCCUCCAGGACCACCGGUCCGUAAUGUCGCUUCUAGUGCUAAUAUUCGAGAAUAUCCCGAUGACGACCCUUCUGCUGGCUAUGAGGAAAGGCGAAUACAUGGAAGAACACAUGACAGAUCUCCUCGUAAGACCUUGGGUGGAAGUGGAAGAGAUAAAAAGUACCUUAAUAAUGAUCCAGAAGAGUCGGUUGAGAGCAUGGACAGUAAAAAUAGCCUUCUGUUGUCGUCUCCUGCCGCAGUUAGGGAUGCGCAAGAAUCAAGUUUUGAGCAAAGAGAUGUUGAUGAUCAAGAUGAGCUUGUUCUGGCUGAUGGAAGCCCUGGAACGGAAAAGGAUGAGACAACCUCAAAUGUAUUAGCCACAACUGAUACUCCUGAAGAUGGAUCAACAAAGAAACAGACAAUAAGUUCUCGAUCUGAACAGCCUUUUGUCCAAGAACUAGAUGACGGGGAAGACUCGAAGGCUGCAAGAAGUAGCGACAACAGCAGAGCAAGAUCGGGAAGCAGCAGAGAUUAUCAAAAGAGGCGAGAUGGGGUUGAGGAGGAAGUUAUGCAAGGGCAUUCAACACGCAUGGGAAGUGUCAAGAGGCACUUUGAUGAAAAAGAACAGGGCGUCCAUAGGAGAAACCGUGAUGGAAGACAAGAAUUGGAAAGAAAUCGCAUGGCUGUAAAAGGGAGAGAAGAUACUUAUUCUUAUAGAGAAUUUGAUCCUAACCCGGUCCAUUUGCACAUGAGAGCUGAUGGGUAUGACAGAAGAAAGGAAAGGGACAAUUCUGAUAUGGUUUGGCAACAAAGAGAUGAUGAUCCUUACAGCAGAAGAAUAAAAACUGAGGAAACAAGGAAGAGAGAACGUGGUGAUGAAAUGCAAUCAAGGCAUCGGAGUAAGAUCCGAGAAAGCGACAGGAGUGACAAAGAUGAACCUAUCCAUUUGAGAAAACAGAUGGAUAAUGGCAGCCAUAGGGUUUAUUAUGAGAAGGAUGUUGGACCCCGUCACAGGGAAAGAGAGGAUAGUCUUAAGGGUAGAUAUGAACAUAUAGAUGAUUAUCAUGGCAAGAGAAAAAAAGACGAAGAACAUCUGAGGAGAGAUCAUGUUGAUAAAGAAGAAAUAUUGCAUGGCCAUAGGGAAAAUAUGAAUCGUCGAAAGAGAGAAAGGGAUGAAGUGUUGGAUCCUCGGAAGAGAGACGGGCAACAAAGACAUCUUGAUGAUCACCACUCUGUCAGACAUAAAGAUGAAGGGUGGUUGCAAAGAGAAAGAGGUGAAAGACAGCGGGAGAGGGAGGAUUGGCAGAGGUUAAAACAGUCUCAUGAAGAAAUUAUACCCAAGAGGGAAAGAGAUGAAGGGCGGAGUGUCACAAGGAGUGGGCGUGUUUCAGAGGACAAAGGAUGGGUUGGCCAUCCUAAGCUUAAGGAUGAUAGUAAAGGUUCUGAUAAAGAUUACCAAUAUAAAGAGACAUUGCGGCAUAUCGAGCCUGCUAAAAGAAGAGACAGAAUUGAGGAUGAGGGUUCUCACCAUGGAGGGAACGAGGAUAUCUAUGCUCGUGGAAAUCAAUUAAGUAAUGGAGAGAGAAGAUCCAGACAAGAACGGCUAAGUAUCCGCAAUGAUCGUUCUAUUAAUGUUUCUGAAGACGUGAGGGUUCAUGACAAAAAGCAUAGAGAGAGUGCAAGGAGAAAUAAGGAAUUUGAGGGUGGUGAUAACAGCACUUUAGUCUCAUCAAAGAGACAUCAAGAAGAGCAUGGCAUUCAGAGUAAUGAGACGGGUUUAAAAGGCAGCACCGAGCAAGGCUUUGGCGAGCAUAAAAAUUUAGUGCAACAUCCUUUGUCCCGAAAACAAAGGGAAGGCGCAUCUGAUGACGAGCAGCAUGAUUCAAGAAGAGGUCGGUCCAAACUGGAACGAUGGACAAGCCAUAAGGAGAGGGAUUUCUCUAUCAAGAGCAAGUCAUCUACUUUAAAGUUUAAGGAGAUGGAUAAGAAUAACAUAAGAUCUCUAGAAGGCACUAAACACUCGGAUGAACCUUCCAAGCCAGCUGAGACUCUUGAUAUUCAACACCCAUCGGCUGAAGAGAAAGAUGCAGCUGAUCCAGAGGCUAAAGACGGCGACACAAAACCAUUGGACGAUCGUCACCUGGACACAGUUGAGAAGUUAAAGAAAAGAAGUGAGCGCUUCAAACUUCCGAUGCCAAGUGAGAAAGAAGCAAUAACAAUAAAAAAAGUGGAGAGCGAAGUGCUGCCUUCUGUCAAAAGUGUGACUUUAGAGGAAUCCGAGAUUAAACCAGAACGGCCGGCUAGAAAAAGGAGGUGGAUCAGUAGCUGAAUAGAAUCGAAGGCAUUCACCCUGUCUGAUAAAUUCUGGGUAUAAUUUCUGCCUUCUCUGGGAAUGUCAUAUCAUCGGCCUCAUUUUUUGAAUCUGGAACCCUGCAGGUCCACGGUUACGCUGUGUUUGCUUUCUAUGAUUUUUUUGGGUUUCUUCAGAUGGCCAUGUACCUUUGCAGUAGCUAUAUUUUUGCUUAUAUCAGGGUGCCCCUUAUACAAUUUAAUUAUCUGUAUAUACUGAGCAAUGUAAUCUUUAACUGAUCACACUGAAGGUGGCACUUUUGCUUUUAGCAAAAAUUUAUAUUGAAACACCUCCACACAGGUUUGAAUCGACGACUCGUGUUGCGUGGAGAACGACCACCUGUGGAUCUGUUGAGGAAGAUCAGGUUUCCAGGGAUUGAACAAUGGCAUUCCGAGCUUGAAGAACUGAAAGACUGAUUUCAGUGAAGAACUUUUGAACAAAAAGACAAGCUUGAGAGGAUGUAUUUGAAGUUAAUUUAACUGCUUUUUAAAUUUUAUAUAUACUUGUAUCACUAGAACUCAUAUUUUUUCUCUUAUUUUUUGGCUUUGUUUAUGUAUCUUUUUUGUCUAUGUUUUUGGCAGAGGCCUAAAACACCAAAUUAUUAGGAAAUCAACUUGUAACGUAGGAUAAUUUAGUUUCAAAUUCAAAAUUCACAAUCUACUAAAACAAAUUUAUCGGGGAGAAAUAAUAUUAAUCUUCUUUCUGGCUGCA